AUGUGGCAGUACUACUGUUACGUUUCAUUCAUAACAAGGUUUUCCACCAGGUCAGAACGAUUACUGAAGGCGCCAUAUGUUCUCAUGGCUAAUGGAUCCUGGGAGCAAAGAAACUCAAAUCCUCCAUCAUUCAUGGUUGCGUUGUGUGUUGGAAGCUACGUAGGAUGCCCCAGAAACAGAAGAUGGCAGAUCUCCCUGUUGAUCGGCCCACCUCAGGACCCCCAUUUUUUCUCUGUAGGACUUGAUGUAUUUGGUCCAUGGCCUGUAGUUAUCAGAGAGACGUGUGGUGGAUCAGCUCAUAGUAAAAGAUGUGCCGUCUUCUUUACUUGCUUAACUACACGAGCAGUCCACAUUGAAGUGAUUGAGGACAUGUCUUGUUCGUGCUUCAUUAAUGCCCUGAGACGCUUUAUAGCCUUGCGUGGACCAGUAAAACUUUUUCGCUCUGACAGGGGAACAAAUUUUAUUGGAGCUGUGGAGGACCUUGAUGGGAAUGCCAUCAACGUUGAAGAGAAUAUGAUGAAGACUUACCUGAAGGAGAACAGAGCAACCUGGCUGUUUAAUGCCCCUCAUGCAUCCCAUAUUGGAGGUGUGUGGGAAAGAGUUAUUGGUAGUGCUCGCAGGAUCUUGAACUCUAAACUGCUUCAAGACAGGGGCAAAGAACUGACACACGAAGUACUAGUCAUGUUCAUGGCAGAGGUUUGUGCCAUACUGAACUCUCGUCCGAUAAUGCUUGAUAUGGACCCGUCAUCACCCAUGGUACUGAGCACAAACGUACUGUUGACCAGAAACGGGGAAAUCAGAUCAUUCUCGGAACAUUUGGGUAUCAAGGACAUGUACACAGCCAGCUGGAAACAUGUUCAGGUGCUGUCUGAUAUGUUUUGGAAGAAGUGGCACGUUACCUACUUGGACAGUUUACAAAAGAGACAGAAGUGGCACUCAAAUAAAGAGAAUCUGAAGACCGGAGAUGUUGUACUCACACGUGAGAAAAAUGUCCAUAGGAACCUGUGGCCGAUGGGGAUAGUCGAGCGCCCGAUUGAGAGCAAUGAUGCAAUGGUUCGGAAAGCUGUUGUACGUGUCGCAAAGGACAGGAAGGUUUACUACCGACCCAUAACCGAGAUGGUUCUCCUGCUUGAACUGUAUCUUUGUGAAUAA